AUGCGGCCGUCAUUGCUUGUAUGCGGCUUGUUGGCCGCUACUGUGAAUGCCGCAGCAAUCAGUGCGAAUUUCAUGAAUGAAAGGGAAAAGCUGGCCAAAGAUUGGAGCGGCAGAGGAGGCAAGCCAGGGCCAAAAUAUUUCCAGGAAUCGAAGUUCAGUGGGCAUUAUGAUGGUCGUUAUACCGACAAGGCCCUUCCCGAGGACGAACAAAUUGCGCACUUAUCCUCUCUCAUUCAAACAUAUUUGGCAACAAUGGAUGACUUGGGCGUGGAGACAUGGAUUAUGCAUGGAACACUACUGGCGUGGUGGUGGAACCAGAAGAUUUUCCCAUGGGACGACGACUUGGAUGUGCAAGUAUCCGAACCGGGCAUUCACUUCCUAGCCGAAAACUACAACAUGACCGAACACCAUUUCGACAUUCCAGGCGUAGAAGGUGGCCGUACCUAUGUGCUGGAAAUCAACCCUAACUAUGUCGUACGAACCACAUUGGAUACGCGAAACGUGAUUGAUGGACGAUGGAUCGACAAAUCAAGUGGCCAGUUUAUUGACAUAACUGCCGUGCGCGCAGAUGAUUUUCGACGGGCGAGGGGUGACACUGGUGCGCUGAUGUCCAAGGACGCACAUCGAUUCGAGGAAAAUGAUAUUUUCCCCCUGCGACGCAGCUUUUUCGAAGGCGUCCCGGCAAAAGUGCCGUAUGAAUAUACCAAGCUGUUGGCAGAGGAAUAUGGCGACAAAUCUAUGGCCAACUCCAAUUUCAUGGGGCGAGUUGUCACCUAA